CGGCGCGGGCCGGGGCGGGCGCGGGGCGGGUCGGCGCCUUUGUGUGAGCCGGGCCGGGAUGGUGCGGGGCGCCGGGCGGAGCCCCUUGCCCUGCCAGUUCCUGCUCCCGCCGCGGCUGAAAGCGUGAAGGCCGAGCCGACCAGCAGAAGGGACUCUUUAAGCAGCUGCUAAGAUGGGCAUGAGGAUCAAACUGCACAGCACCAACCACCCCAACAACCUGCUGAAAGAACUCAACAAGUGCCGGCUCUCCGAGACCAUGUGCGACGUCACCAUCCUGGUGGGCUCCCGCUCCUUCGCCGCGCACAAGGCUGUGCUGGCCUGCGCCGCCGGCUACUUCCAGAACCUCUUCCUCAACACGGGGCUGGACGCUGCCAGGACCUACGUGGUGGAUUUCAUCACGCCGGCCAACUUUGAGAAGAUCCUGAGCUUUGUGUACACCUCGGAGCUCUUCACCGACCUCAUCAAUGUGGGUGUUAUCUAUGAGGUGGCCGAGCGGCUGGGCAUGGAGGACCUGCUGCAGGCUUGCCACUCCACUUUCCCCGACCUGGAGAGCUCGGUUAUCACCAAGCAGCCUGCUCUGUCUGUGGGGGAAGGCCGGGCUGGGCUGAGCAGCACCUCCUCGGAGCAGAGCCACUCUUUGGGGGACAUCCGGAGCGGCGCGGAGCACUUCGGCCCCGAGCGGAGUUACCUCCUGCACGGAGACGGCUACAAAGAGGAUGAGAGGAAUCCUGCAGGGGAGGCCAGCCAGGCUCUCCCCCUGAUGCACCCACAGCAGCCUCCCAAGACAGAGCAGGAGGUGGAUCCAGGGCAGUUCGCUCCGGUGGCGGGGCUGGGGGCUCAGCCAGGUGGGAAUGUCGUGGUGCAGAGCACCGGCAGCUCCUGCCCUCCGUACAAAGCCCAGAGCAACGGAGACUACGGCAAGGGCGGCUUCUUCCCCGCUGAUCCCUCCCUGGAUGUGUCCACGGGGAGCAAUUCCUGCCCCAGCAACAGCGACCACUCCAAAGAGCAGGGCUUUGAGCAGAUGGACGAGCUGCAGCUGGAGGAUUUGGGAGAGGCCGAGCUGCAUUUUGAGGAUGCUGGAGAAGAGCUGGUCCCGUCCGAGGAGGUGAUUGAGCUGAGCGAUGACAGCGAGGAGGAGCUGGCCUUCGAGAGCGACGGCCGGGACAGCAAGGCCAUGCCCUGCCAGGUGUGCAAGAAGGUUCUGGAGCCCAACAUCCAGCUGAUCCGCCAGCACGCCAGGGACCACGUGGACCUGCUGACGGGGAACUGCAAAGUCUGCGAGACCCACUUCCAGGACCGCAACUCCAGGGUCACUCACGUGCUGUCCCACAUCGGCAUCUUCCUCUUCUCCUGCGACAUGUGCGAGACCAAGUUCUUCACGCAGUGGCAGCUGACGCUGCACCGGCGGGACGGGGUCUUCGACAACAACGUCAUUGUCCACCCCAGUGACCCUCUGCCGGGGAAGGUGGCUGUUUUUGGGGGAGGGCCCGGCCCCGAGCUGGCCUGCGCCGCCUGCGGGAAGCCCUUGGCCAAAGAUUUCCACACGGUGCGGAACCACCUGCUGGAGCACGUGAACCUGAAGAGCCAAACGUGCGGCGUGUGCGACCAGCGGCACCUGAGCCUGUGCAGCCUCCUGUGGCACGCCCUGUCCCACCUGGGCGUCUCCGUCUUCUCGUGCUCCGUGUGCUCCAGCAGCUUCGUGGACCGGCAGCUCCUGGAGAAGCACCUGGCCGUGCACCAGCACGCAGAGGAGGCUCUUUUCCAGUGCCACUUCUGCAGCCAGAGCUUCAAGCUGGAGGCCGCCUACCGCUACCACGUCAGCCAGCACAAAUGUGGGGGCACCCUGGACAUCCGUGCAGGUUUUGGGGAGCGCCUGCAGCCGCCGGGGCCGCCCAAGAGGAAACUCCCCGAGGAAUUCCUGAGCGAGGAGCUGGCGCUGCAGAGCCAAGCAGGCAACAGCAAAUACAGCUGCAAGGUGUGUGGCAAAAGGUUUGCUCACACCAGCGAGUUCAACUACCACCGGCGCAUCCACACGGGCGAGAAGCCGUACCAGUGCAAGGUGUGCCACAAAUUCUUCCGUGGGCGUUCCACCAUCAAGUGUCACCUGCGGACGCACUCGGGAGCCCUCAUGUAUCGCUGCACGGUGUGUGGCCACUACAGCUCCACGCUCAACCUGAUGAGCAAGCACAUAGGUGUGCACAAGGGCAGCCUGCCGCCAGAUUUCACCAUCGAGCAGACUUUCAUGUACAUCAUCCAUUCCAAAGAGGCUGAGAAAAACGCCGAGAGCUGAUGCCGGGCGCUGGAGAAGCAGGCGGGCGUUAACGGCGGAGGAGAACAACAAAAAAAAAAGGAGAAAGAAAAGAAAAAAGAAGUUGUUUCGUUUUAUUUAAUGGUCAGGCGUCAUGGAUGGAAUUCUUUUUUGGUUUUGGUUUAAUUUUGUUUGGUUGGUUUUUUGGGUUUUUUUUGGGAGAGCCUUCCUAGGGGCUUUUUAGAGUGGUGGCGUUGUACAAAUUAACAGCACGUGAGGUACAUCACUGUUUCAAGGAGUCUGUCGUGUUUACUUACCUCUGGUCCUGUUAGAGGCCAUCGAGUUCUGUGCUUAUAGCAUUUCUCACUAGUUUUUUGAGCCUAGAUUCUAUUUUUUCUUUUUUUCGAACCUUUUAGCCCACUUGACCAGGCUAACCCUGAGCUUGUCCACAAACUGAUGCUGCUAAGAUUUUCACACUUGACCUCAGUGGAGAGGGACAGAGCCAGAGCAGGUGCUGGACUCGAAGGAAAGGAACAAAAGAGGAAGAAAAAAGGAUUAAUAAUAAUAAAAAAAAGACAUUCUGGGCAUCCCUGGUGUUCUGCUGCUACUGCCAGGAGAUGAGCAAAGCGUGCUCUGGGAUUGCUGCGUUGCUGGGGAGAGGAGCAGGAAGCACCUGAGUGUGUAAACAAGAAGGAAUCCCAGCAGGAAACCGGGAGCAGAGGAUUCACAGAUUCCCAGGCCGUGUUUUCCCUGCUGUGGCUGGGACUCUGUCACGCCCUGAGAGCUGGAGGAGGAGGAGAUGAAGGAGCCGCACGAGCACGGGGAUCUCCCGCAGGACUGGAGAGGGAGGGGAGCAGUCUGUGCUCACUAGAGGUGAUUUGUGGUGGUCACAGAGAGCCAGGAGUCUCCUGGCUCUGCUCCCUGAGUCAGGAUGGAGCUGUUGCCUUAACUCCCUGGGAGGAGGAGGGACCCUUCUCCUGCCAAGGGGGUCCCUCUCCCACGCCCUGCAUCGCCACGGCCUGGACGUGUCCUGUGGCAAAUGUGUGUGGUUGGAGUGAUGUGAGUUUGUUCAUGGAGCCACGGCGAUGGUUUGGCCUCUCUGGGCACUUCUGGGGUCUCCCCUGGGGGUGGGGGCUCCCCUGGAUGUGGGGGACUCCCCUG